AUGCCUGAGGACUGUGUGCAAAGGAUUAUCAAGGUAGAAAAGAAAAAUCUACCAUCUGUUCUAACCAGAGGAAUGGAGAUAGAUGUCAAUUUUUUCAUAAUCACUGAAGAUGAUUGGAGAAUUCCCAUCAUAAAUUACUUGCAGUAUCCAACCCUGCCUUCUGAGAAAAGAGUCAGAAUCAUGGCUUUGAACUACCUUAUGUGGAAUGAAGAUUUGGUCCAAAAAAGCAAAGAUGAGGUACUUCUAAGGUGCCUAGGAAAGAAAGAAUACAUGAAGGUCAUAGGCGAAACAGAUGAAGGAAUCUGUGGAGCUCAUCAAGCUACAUACUAUUUUACCAAAUGGGUGGAGGCCAAACCUGUUAAAUCUACUACAUCUCAAGAAAUCAUCACCUUCAUAGAGGAGCAGAUUAUACAAAGGUUUGGCAUUCCAGAAUCAAUCACAACUGACAGUGGAUCUUCUUUCAUAUAUGGGGAAAUGCUAGAUAUGGCAGAAGCAUUAAAAUUCAAACUACUUCAAUCCGCUCCUUACUAUGCUCAAGCUAAUGGACAUGCAGAAUCAAGUAAUAAGGUGAUCAUCAACAUUAUCAGAAAAAUGCUUGAGAAAAAUCCAAAGCAAUGGCAUGAGAAGUUAUCAGAAACUCUGUGGGCAUAUAAGACUUCAAAGAGAGAAGCAACUGGCAUGACCCCAUAUGCUCUAACUUAUGGUCAUGAUGCAAUUCUGCCUAUGGAAAUAGCAGUCCAAUCUUUCAAAGACUACUCUCAAGCCAUGCUGCUAGAACUAGAAGGAUUGGAUACAAGUAGAAUUGACACCCUCAACAAACUCUUAGCAGGAAAACAGGCUGUGUCAAGAGCCUACAACAAAAGAGUUAAAAACAAGAGUUUUGAAGAAGGAGAAAAAGUCUGGAAAGCAAUUCUGCCCAUUGGAACACACAUAGCUGGUUAUGAAAAGUGGUCACCUACAUGGGAAGGACCUUUCAUAAUUAAGCAAAUCUUUGGAUUGGGGGCAUACAGAUUACAAGAUCGAGAUGGAUAUGUUCAUGAUGUACCAAUUAAUGACAAAUGGUUGAAGAAAUUCUAUCCAACCAUGUGGGAUUCCCAGGCUGUGCAAACAGAUCUUGGAAUUGAACUAAAACAAGAUAGAAUUGUUGUUUAA